CACCACAUUUCUCAUUCUGAAUCUGUCUUACUACGCCCAAUCCAUCCAUCUGGUCUUGUGGGAUAGUCUCUGAACACCAGUUGAUUAUUUGACUCGGCCGAUACUACUUCUACCAGGAUCAAGAUGAACAAAUUUCUGUGGGCCUGUGUGGCUGUUGUGGCUCUUGCUGUUGUGGCUGAGUCUCUGACCUGUAACACCUGCAGUGUUGGGAUCCUCAACACAUGUGUCUUCGGUUCUACGGCAACAUGCUCUGCCUCAGAGCCUAACUGCUACAAGGGUCAAGCAACGUUCAACGUCUCAUCAGUCGUCAACCUCUACACCAAGGGCUGCUUGGCCUCCUCGUCCUGCAACACCACCACGACUGGUAAUAUUCUGGGCGCUGGCUACACCGUGUCCAGGACCUGCUGCAGCACAGACCGCUGCAACGGAGCCAGCUCCAUCCAGCUUCCUCUGACAGCUGCCCUGGGCGCCGCCCUGGUGGCCUUGUGGAGCAGCCGAGCCUUCUAACCCAGCUCAGCCUCUUUCGGCUCAAACUGGUUCAACUUGAUUGAAGUGUGCAUUGUUUAUUCUGGUUGGUUAGCUUUUCAGCCAGCACCUCGCUGGCACCUUUAAACAACAUUCUUCUGUCUUGUUCUCUCCACCCAGUCAUUAUGGUGGGGUUGAUUAAAAAGUCACAAGCAUUAUAGCUCUUUGCUUCGUCACAUUAUGUAUAAUUCACAGUAAACUGUUCCUCACUGACAAUUACUGUAAAGGACUAUUUCUGUAUUUUGUGAACCAGUAUGUUACCAUUUAGCCUACAUAAUUCUUUGUUUGACAACAAUCAUUGAAAUAUUUCAAAUCUUUUAAAACAUAUACAUAGCCUGCACAGUGCUUUAUGUCUUUUAAUGGAAAGAUUAAAUAAGUAGAUGUUCUUAA